AUGAGUUGGGUUGCUGAUGUCUCUCGCUAUAAGAGCCGAAGUGGGAAUAAUCCAAGCACUUGCCAUUCGGGUGAACAAGACUUUGUUGACAGUCUUGUGCUUAUGAAAUUCUACUCCAUGUCAACUAGUAUUAUAAGGCACUUGCUUUCUGGUUGUGAUGGAAAUGAAAUGGAUAUUCCAUUUGAACUAACAGAUGAACAAAUGGAGAUCAUCCGUUUCAACAGAAGCUCAUUCAUACUUGCCAGAUCAGGGACCGGGAAAACUGCUGAUUUAAUUAUGAAGUUACUUCGAAAGGAGCAGCUUCAUCAUCUAUCUUUGGAGGGAUUUCAUGAAGUUGAAUGCAAUUCCUCCAUGAGCGUAAGCUUGAGAAAAGAGACUGAUGGAUGUAUUUUGCGCCAAAUCUUUGUUACAAGCAAUGCUAGACUUUGUCUUUUUGUCAAACAGUACAUUUCUCGCUUAAAAAGAUCAACUUGUGGUUGGAAUUCUUCAGCAGAAAGCUCUGACCAUGAGGAGGAAGAUUUUGAUGAGAUAUUAGAAUUUUCAGACAUUCCAGAUUCUUUUUCUGAUCUUCCACAAAGUUCAUAUCCUCUUGUUAUAUCAUUCAACAAAUUUCUUAUGAUGCUGAAUGGAACAGUCGGCAGAUCAUUUUUUGAAAAGUUCCCUGAAUUGAGGGGACUUUGUGAGGGAAAGAGGAAAGCUUCAAAGUCCAUGGUCUUAAAAACAUUUAUCAUAACAAGGGUAGUUAGUUAUGAAAAGUUCUGCUCAUCUUACUGGCACUAUUUCAGUCCCUUGCAUACCAAGAAGUUUGAUCCUUCUUCAGUUUUCGCGGAGAUCAUUUCUCAUAUAAAAGGAGGAUCUCGCAUUGGUGUCAAUGAUGAUAUACUGAGUCGAGAGGAUUAUAUCACAUAUUCUUUGCGCAGAGAUGAAACAUAUGAGGGUGAGAAAAUGGAUUAUGUGUAUAUAGAUGAAGUGCAGGACUUGACAAUGAGACAAAUUUCACUUUUCAAAUAUAUUUGUAAGAAUUUUGAGGAAGGAUUUGUUGUUUCAGGUGAUACAGCCCAAACCAUUGUAAGAGGGGUUGAUUUUAGAUUUGAGGACAUAAGAGCUCUUUUCUACACAGAGUUUCUGUGUGAGAGAAAACAGAAAGGAAAAAUUGCUGAUAUUUUUCAUUUAAGUCAAAAUUUUCGAACUCAUGCUGGUGUUCUGAAGUUAGCUAACAGUGUUGUUGAACUUCUUUAUCAUUUCUUCCCUUCAUCCAUCGACCAAUUGAUACCUCAAACAAAUCAUGUGAAAGGGGAACAACCAGUUUGGAUUCAGACUAAGGAGAAUGCUUUAGGAUCGUUAUUCAGAAGCAGUGGAAGCAAUUACCUAGAAUUUGGAGCAGAACAGGCUAUCUUGGUAAGAGAUGAAAUAGAUAAGAACAAAAUUUUUAACCUUGUAGGGGAGAAAGCAAUUGUCUUGACAGUAAUGGAGUGCAAGGGCCUGGAAUUUCAAGAUGUUCUGUUGUACAACUUUUUCAGUUCAUCUCCUCUAAAUUAUCAAUGGGAUGUCAUUUAUGGAUAUAUGAAAGAACAAGGUCUUCUGGUGCCCCCUCAUCCGAAGUCCUUUCCCACUUUCGAUGAGGGAAAACACACAGCUUUGUGUUUCGAGCUGAAGCAAUUAUAUGUGGCCAUCACCCGCACAAGGCAAAGGUUGUGGAUUUUUGAGAAUGUAUCGAGUCCGGUUUUUAACUAUUGGUUGAAACUACAACUUGUCCAUGUUCGUGAAUUGGAUGAUAAAUUUCUAGAAGAGAUUCAAGUCACAAGCAGUCAAGAGGAGUGGAAAGCUCGUGGAAUUAAGUUCUUUCAUCAGAUGAAUUAUGACCAGGCAAGAUUCUGCUUUGAAAGGGCAGGCGAAUCUUAUUGGGAAAAGUGGGCAGUGGCUGCAGGCCACAGAUGUACUGCUGACAAUUUGAGGGUUUCAGAUCCCAUAAUAGCACGUGUUCAUCUCACUCAGGGAGCUCAUAUGUUCGAGUCCAUUGGCAAGAAUGAAUCUGCUGUCCAAUGUUUCUUCGAGUUAAAAGAAUAUGAAAAAGCAGGUAUAAUUUACUUGGAAAAGUUUGGUGAAUCUAGAAUGGAAGAAGCUGGGGAGUGUUUUCAUCUUGCUGGAUGUUAUAAAAAAGCAGCUGAAAUAUAUGCUAAAUGCAACUUAUUUUCAAAGUGCUCAACUGUUUGUGAUGAUGGGAAAUUAUUUGAAACGGGAUACAAAUAUUUCCAACUCUGGAAAGAGAAUAAUUGCAUAAUUGAGCAGGAGAUCGCAAGCAAAGAGGUUCAGAGGUUCUUUGAGAAAGGAGCACUUCAUUUUAAUAAGCUUAAGGAUUCCAAGACCAUGAUGAAAUUUGUCAAAGCUUUGCAAUACAAAAACUUAAUGCGAACUUUCUUAAAGAAUGCAGAUUGCCUUGAUGAACUUCUGCUUUUGGAAAAAGAAUGGAGAAAAUUUUCUGAAGCAGCAAAUAUAGCAAACAUGAAAGGUGAUGUUCUGCUUGAAGCUGAUCUGCUACAGAUGGCACAAUUAUUUGAAAAGGCAUCCACUGUGAUACUAUUCUAUGUGUUUUACAACUCUCUUUGGGUACAGAAAAGCAAAGGUUGGUCCCUGAAUAAUUUUGCGAAGAAGGAGGAGCUUUUGGAAAAAGCUAAAACAUUUGCCAAGAAUGCUUCAAGUGACUUCCAUGAAUGGAAGUCUGAGAGGUACGAUGUUAUGUGCUCGAAAAUCCUCGAUGUGUAUCUACCUCUAAGUAGAUCAAAGCACAUGUUCGAGGGUGAUUUGAUAAAGUGUGCACAAAGCAACAAAUCCUGGGAACAGACUUCUGUUGAAAAUCUGCUUUACUACUGGGAUUUCUGGAAUGAGGAGAUUGAGAAGAUGCUAUGGUUUAAGAAUGAGAAGACUGUUUACCUUUUGCUAUAUCCUGAUGCAGCAUGGGUUAAGGGCAUUAAUCUUCGAAACAUUAAGAGAAAUGGGAAUUUAAUAUGGAUUGAUGCUGACCAGUUUGUUCGUGCUGCUACAACUUACUGGUCUUCAGAAAGGCUUACUGUCGGUGUGAAGGUUCUUGAAAAUCUAAAGAUUUACAUGUUUUCAGUUGAUAAGGCCUUGUCCUUGUUAUGCCAAAGUAUGCUUUUAAUUAAAAUCUGGAAGGUUUCAAAGUCUCUCACGGAAUCAAAGUUCAUGAACGACUCUGCAUUGCAAAUAUUCAUUCAGAUAAAUGAAGCAACUGAAUAUUCUAGGCAGGUGAUAGUGGUUCAUAAAUUCCAGAAAGCUCUAGAAGAUAUUGAUUAUGCUGAAUUUUCACCAAGUUGUUUUCUGUAUCUUGUCGAUCGCCUCCUUAUUAUGGUAUCCUACUUGAAGAAUUCCUUCUUCACAACAAAAUCUUCUUUGGUUGAGUUGCUUAUUUCAAAGACAUGGAAGACCAACCCUAAUCUAGUAUUUCUGCCUGAUGUGAAAGUGGAAGAAUCACUUAAAGGCACUAUUGAUUUUGUGGCUUGCUUGGUUGAAAAGCUCCUUUGCCAAGAGCAAGGCACCAUAAAUUGGAUCAAAAAUUAUUUGAGCAUUGACUGCUUUCCGGUGCUGGUACUGAGAUUAUUUGUCAUAAUUUGUCUACUGUGCAUCAAUUUUGGUAGCUAUUCUGAUUUGUUCUUCAAUUUGCUGGGGAAGAGAGAGGUCACCUCCUUAUUACCAUGGGAAUUUUAUGAGGCCCUACGAAAGUUAAGGUAACAUGAUAAAGCAAAAGUAAAGAUUGAGGUUGUUGCUGAAGCACUAAGAAAGAUUAGAAACCCUCUAAUUAUUGUGAAUCUAGGAACAGAGUUUUCUAUUCCAGAUGCCAUAUUCUUGAACUUGAAUGUUGAGCAACAUAGAGGGAGUAUUCUGAGGGCAUUACGUCUUAAGAACCAUUUGGUUUCCUCUAACUGGACUCAUCAUAGAUACGCUAGGACAGAGUCAUUUGGCAGGGGGCAGUACCAAGGGUUGCUGUCAACUUCGAGCUUUGUUUCUAUAAUUGAGCAGACAAAGUUUCAGAAUGAAGAC